AUGCUUAUUAAUUUCAUAUUUGCAGUAACCAUUCCUUUAGCUUUGACCACGCCCACCAUAGCCUUCGGAACAGAAAGAGGAUCCUUUAAAAUAAAAUAUGAUUUCUAUCCAAGAGCUUUGAUCCCAACAACAUAUUUGAAACUAAACAGAGGCAGUCAAGGCGCACACAGACUUGAUCAUCAGCGUCAGUAUAAUCAAGACGAAAGGCUUUCUGAAGACUCAGAAGGCUUGAUAUCCACAUUUAUAGAUUGCUUUAUA